CCUCCAAGUCUCAUUUCCUUUCCAUCUCCCUUCCCUCCAAGAGUAGUGAAAGAGAUGGCAAUUGGGGUUUUUUCUUGUGCUGUCCUUUUGCUUCUGGCUAUGGCAACUGUUGAGUCCAGGAUUCCAGGAGUUUAUGAGGGAGGUGCCUGGCAAAGCGCUCAUGCCACUUUCUAUGGUGGUAGUGAUGCCUCUGGAACAAUGGGGGGUGCCUGUGGUUAUGGAAACCUGUACAGCCAGGGCUAUGGCGUUAACACUGCAGCUCUGAGCACUGCUCUGUUCAACAAUGGUUUCAGCUGUGGAGCCUGCUUUGAAAUCAAGUGCGCGAAUGAUCCACAGUGGUGCCAUUCCGGCAGCCCUUCAAUCUUUGUUACAGCGACCAACUUCUGCCCUCCAAAUUACGCCCUUCCCAGCGACAAUGGCGGCUGGUGCAAUCCUCCUCGUUCUCACUUCGAUCUCGCCAUGCCCAUGUUCCUCAAGAUCGCCGAGUACCGCGCAGGCAUUGUACCGGUUUCUUUUCGGAGAGUGCCCUGCCGUAAGCAAGGAGGGAUCAGAUUCACCAUCAACGGCUUCCGUUACUUCAACUUGGUUCUGAUCACCAACGUCGCCGGUGCAGGGGAUAUCGCGAAGGCUAGCGUGAAGGGCUCCAAAACUGGCUGGAUGAGCCUGAACCGAAACUGGGGUCAGAACUGGCAAUCAAAUGCCGUUUUGGUUGGUCAGUCCCUCUCCUUCAGAGUCACAGGCAGUGACCAGCGCACCACCACCUCAUGGAACGUUGUCCCCUCUAACUGGCAAUUUGGCCAGACCUUCACCGGAAAAAAUUUCAGGGUCUAGUUAAUAUGUUAUCCCCUUUCAAUGGGUCUUUCUUUUCUUAUCUUUCUUCCAUUUUCUUUUGAGGAUUUUCCCAAGAAGAUGAAGGAAAUGGGUGCGCUGAACUUUUGACUUUUGAGGGGGGAGAAGUAUUGUUUUUUGGUUAAAGAUAGUAAAGCGAAUAGUGAAAUGUAAUGGGUCUGAGGUGGCUGCAUUUCUGCAAAGCUGUGUGGUAGCCCGCAGUUCUUAUAUACUCAAAUAUUUAAAUGAAAUAUUUUUAAUUUA